GCUGGAGUCAUCACUGCACAACACACGACCGAAAUUCCUCCCUGUCAGUCGGUACUGUCGGUCGGAUGGAUGGGCGGUUGAGAUGCCAUUCAAGUCUAGCAUAGACUACACCUCCAGUAAAAAUGUCGAACUACGCUAGGGUUAUCCAUCAUGCCACGAGCAUUCUGUGUGGCAACAAAGGUUCCAUGGAUCUCGUGCAGCUGUAUCGCAAGGUCUACCAACGGUUCGACAUCAAGGAAGAUGAUUUCUGGUACAUCGUCAAGAAGUGCCCCAGGUUCGCAGUGGUGAAGCCGAGGGAGACAGCGGGGGACUGGGGCACGGACUGCAUUAUCGUGGCCAAAACAUCCCUUCGACUGUGCAAAAACUACUCAAAGCAAGAAUGCGCCGACUGUCAAGAACUGCAUCUGUGCAAAUAUUUUGUCUACGGGAACUGUCGAUACGGGAAAGGCAGGCAGCAGUGUAAGUACUGUCACGAUGUGCAGUCGGAGCACAACUACCGUCUGCUGAGAGAGUGUACUCUUCACGAGCUGCAUGAGGACGAGCUCUUCCUGCUGCUACUGCAGAACGACCCCUCACUGCUGCCAGAGGUGUGCUCCUACUACAACAAGGGCUCGGGUCCGUUCGGCACCUGCACGUUCCGCGAGGGCUGCACCAAGCUGCAUCUGUGUCUGCACCUGCUGAAGGGGGACUGCCUGUUCGGCUCGCGCUGCAAACGCCUGCACGCCGUCGACCAGUCUGGACGCAGGAUGCUGCAAGAGAGAGGCCUGGGCGAUGACAUCAUCCAGGACCUGCCAAUCAUCUGUCAGAACGUGUACAGGCUGAACAUGCAGACAGAAGGUGCUAGUGAAGAGGUGGUGAGGUUGGGACCCCAGGUGGAGGAGAGGAGUGAGAUUUGUCUCCACUUCCUGCGGAGGAACUGCAAGUUUCAGGAGCAGUGUAUGCGUGUGCACUUCAACCUGCCCUACAAGUGGGAGGUGUGUGAGGGAGGCACGUGGCGAGACCUACGGCAAAUGGAGCAGAUCGAGAGAGCCUACUGCAACCCACACAACACACACAGUCCUGGCCCGAGUCCAGUGGACUUCGUAACCAUGAAGCGUGGCUAUGAGCCGGUCCGGCGUCUCUCCACUGUCUCUGCGGUAACCAAACCUGCCCACUACAUCCUCACCACCCAUUGGCUCUGGUACUACAAGGGCGACCACGGCAACUGGAUAGAGUAUGGACAGCCGGACGAUAAAGGCCGUGUGACGUCUCUGUCAUCGCAGGAGCUGGAGGAGGCCUACGCGCGUGACGACAGCAGCAAGAUCUCCGUCAGGAAGGGACACCGCCUCUACUACAUCAGUUUCCAUGACAUGUAUCAGCGGAACACCAAGCACAACACCAAGAGGAGAAUACGGCGGCGGCCACGCUUCAUCUCCAUCUCACAAGUGGAGGAGCAAACGGCGCGGUGAAGCACACACACACACACACGCACGGGGCGCAGACAGGGGGGACAAACAGGCCAUUUGUCCCGAGCCCAAGGAGAGAAGGGGCCCAUAAUUGGGUUCUCAUUACGUUGUAUGUGUUGGGUUUGGGGCCCUUUCAGAUGACUUUGUCCCGGGCCUCAGCAAAGCUGUCAGCGGCCCUACACACACACACACACGUACACAUACACAUACACAGAUACACACACACACACACACACACACACACACACACACACACACACACACACACACACACACACACACACACACACACACACACACUUUCUCACUCUCUCUCUUUAUCUCUGAGGUGGUGGAGCAAACUGUGCAUUGAAACACACACACACACACACACUCUCUCUCUCUCUCCCUCUCUGUCUGUCUUUCUCUGUCUGUGUUUCUCUCUCACACUCUCUCUUUCUUUCUUUCUUUCUUUCUUGCUUUCUAACACACAUACACAAAUCUUUUCUAAGUUUGGCAGCAGUUCUGUCAAACAAUUACAUACAAUAUGUCUCCAUAAUGUCCACAGUGUAUGCAUAUCCAGUAUUAUUGCUCUCCUGCAGAAGCCCAAAAUGAUCGGGUCAGCAGCAAAUUCUAAAAUUAUUAUCAAAAACACUGUAGGCCUAUUUCAUCCCAGACUACCUAAAAAUAGGGCCUCAUGUGCAAAAUGGGGAAAUAACGCUUUUAGAUGUUUAUUCAUCUAAACUCACUGACACUAAUGAUAUUAUGGAGGAAUGUGAGAUGCUUUCAAAUAACUUUUUUAAAUGUGAGGCUUUUAGGUAUCAAUAUGUGUCCUGUUUUUUCUCUCUCUCUCUCUCUCUCUCUCUCUCUCUCUCUCUCUCUCUCUCUUCUCUAUCUCUCUCUCUCUCCCUCGCUCUCUCUAUCUCUCAUACUGACAAAUACAGAACAGACCCUCCACUUGCAACUUAAUGUUUUCCAUAUCAGAAAAUAAAUGUUGGUUGUGUACAUAUGAAUGUAAAUACAGUUUUAUGUAUUAAAAACGUUUUAUA